CUGAAGGCAGUGGGGAGGAGAGGAAGUGACGAUUUAUCAUGAAAAUAUUAAUGUUGAUCAUGUCAUAAAAAUACACAUCAUAUGCUAGACUUAGAAAUAUUGUCAUAUAUUUAUUAUUCGUUUACUUACAUUGAUAUCCACGAUGGCUGAUAACGAAGAGAGAGGAAUAAAGCUUGUCCAAGAAGCAGAGUCCAAACAGAAAUCAUCUAAGGGCUUCUUUGCAUCAUUACUUGGUGGUUCAUCUAAAGUAGAAGAUGCUGCUGAAUUAUAUGUUAAAGCUGCCAACGCCUUCAAAAUGGCAAAAAAAUGGGCAGCGGCUGGGGAAGCGUUUAUGAAUGCCGGUAAACUGCAAUUACAAUUAUCUAGUCGUCAUGAAGCAGCUACACAUUUUGUAGAUGCUGGAAAUUGCUACAGAAAAGGUGAUCCAAAUGAAGCUGUAAACUGUCUCCACAAAGCUAUAGAAAUAUAUACAGAUAUGGGAAGAUUUACUAUAGCUGCUAAACAUCAUAUAACAAUAGCAGAAAUAUAUGAAACAGAAUUAGCUGAUAUGGAAAAGGCUAUUGCUAAUUAUGAAAAAGCUGGUGAUUAUUAUAAAGGUGAAGAAUCUAAUAGUUCUGCAAAUAAAUGUUUACUAAAGGUUGCACAGUUUUCAGCUCAGUUAGAAAAUUAUGAAAAAGCCAUAGAAAUAUACGAACAGGUUGCUAUAUCAGCUAUGGAAAAUUCCUUAUUGAAAUAUAGCGCUAAAGAUUAUUUUUUCCGAGCAUCGGUAUGUCACAUGUGUGUGGAUCUUGUUAACGCUGAGUUAGCGAUACCCAAAUAUGAAGAAAUGUUUCCAGCUUUCGCAGAUUCAAGGGAGUGUAAAUUAGUUAAGACAUUACUAGCAGCUUGUAAAGAAGAAGAAGUUGAUCAGUUUACGGAUGCACUAAAAGAUUAUGAUAGUAUAUCGCGUUUAGAUCAAUGGUUUACAACCAUGUUAUUACGAGUGAAGAAAACACUGAACGCAGAGGGAGAUUUAUGUUAAUUUUAAUGAUUGUUCCCAUUAUUUAAGUAUGUAAAGCUGAAUUAAAGACCUGAUGCAUCAUUUAGCACUAUAGGAAUCCCUUGUAAACUACAAUAUGGUGAAAGUUUUAUCUCUAAUAGGAAUAUCAGUUCAAAAAUGGUUCAUUUCCAUUCAGUAUUUACAAAGUUAUGAUAAAUUGAAACUCCAUCGAUCUAUGCUGCUUGAGCAUAAGAAGAUGCAGAGAAACAUGAUAGGCCUAGUUUAAAUCCAAUUGAAUCCAACCCAGGAGAUUAUCUACCAUUGUUUUUUGGAUUUUUUUUUUUCCUAAUUAAAUGUUAAAAAACCAAUCUUGAGUACAUAUUUAGUGUGUAUUAAUUCGUAAGAAAUUUGAUAUUUUUUUGCGAAAAUGCAAAUGACGCAUCAAGCCUUUAAAUAUUUUAUGGUUAAUAAAAUAGCUGUAUAACAUACAGAUAUAUUCCCCGCACUUUAUUUUAAAGUAGCUAUGUCUCUAACUCAGUAUCAUCCAAAGUCUUCGACAUGGAAAACACAAAUUAUUUGUCAAUUUAAAUCAACAUUGAUGUUGUGAUCUUACCAGGAAAAGAUGGGUUUCUGAUAUCCAAUAUUUAAGACAAAUAAAAAUUUUACUAUUGGUACACAAAUCGUGUACCAUAAUGUGUUUCUGUCUCAUUUGUAACAAGGGACUCGAAGAACGAGGCUAGACGUAUUCCACAAGUGAUGUCAAAGGGUGAUCCAUUUUUUUAUCUGGAGAGCAUACGCAAUAAAUACUAUCAGUGUAGACGGGAAUAACUAGGUGCUAGAGAUUGCUAUCCGAUUGAGACUUCUAGCGUAAUUCGCCGAAAAGAACUGAUUUGAAAUUAGAGUAAAAAAAAGUAAACGAUUGAAUGUAAAUCAGUUUAUAUACAUUCAUAUUACGUUAUUAUAUGCGUUGCGACCCAUAUGUGUCAAUUUCUAGGUCCCAAAUAUUAGAGAUGUAGCUUCUUUAAUACACAUACAAAUGAUGAUACCAAGUAAAAUGAAUUACUAAUUACUAGAUAAAUUAACUGUGUUAUAUAUGUAUUACAUGUCCUUUAAUAAAAUUCUAUGUUGUCCUUUCUCUAUCAUAUUUUAUCUGCUUUAUACAUAAAAAGUCCCAUAUUCUAACUGAAAAUUUGGGAAAUAAAAUAUCAAUAACAUCUUUGCCUGAAAGAGAUAAAUAGGCCUCUAAGAGUAUUCUUAGCAAAAUACGCAAUUAGAAGUAUAGUCCGGUUAAGGAACACAGUCAUCAGAAAUAUUUACAGUAUUAAGGAAUCUUCUUACAAUUGUUGAUUGAUAUUCACAAACAUAUUUAAUUUACGAUUUGUUUACGAUUUCAAGGCAGAAAUAUGGAUCAAACUUCAGAUAUAAUUUUAAAAAAAUAUAAGUGCAUGUUAAUUGAUUUUGAUCAAAAUCUAAUGCUAUAAAACAAGAUAUUAUGCAUUCCCUUCAUACUAAGUGUCUUCAUCAAACUUGUUUCAUUUUGCUCGUAAUACCAUAAAAUAAAACUUAAAGAAGCUAACUAUGGGACAGAAUCCAGUAGAAAAUUCUAAAAAAUUUCAUUUCAUGCGCUUAUGAGCAGUUAUUCAAACUGGAAUCUCGGCUUAUUGGAGGAACUAUUUGAUAUUAUUUAUUAUUAGCUUCUGUCAGAUUGCAGUAAUCACUGUCUGUCUGCUUGUGCAUCGUUCAUAUUUCUUGUUAUUACAAUAGAGACAACAAUAAUCUAUAUAUCUUUUGUGGUUUUCUGUCUCAUUGAAAUUAAAAAGCUAGUUGAUUUCCCACAUUUUUUUCUGUCAUCACCACCAGAUUUAUGCCCCUUUGUUAUAUGUUAUAAGCUACAAUUAUUUACCUAUCUUUAUGAAAUUGUUAUUAGUUGUCUUUUCUACUGAGAUUAAGACCACUAUUUAUUUGCAAUGAAUUUCAAUAACUUCCAGAGUUAUACCCACUAUGUAAUCUGGUUAGCACUUGAUAAUUUACAAUUAUUUACCUUUCUGAAAUUUCUAUUGGUUGUAUAUCCUGUUGAAGAGAAAAAUUCUAUUCGUUCAAUGAAUUUUGAUAACUUCCAGAGUUACGCCCCUUUGUAAGAAAUCUUGUUAGCAUAUAAUAAAUAGACUUAGCAGAUGGUGAACCUGUGCUUCAGAAACCUAUAUCUUUUCAUUUUGCCAUCAAAUUUGAAGAUGUAUGCAACAGGGUAUGUUAAAUGUUUUGUUAUUUUGCAUUUCAUUGAUUUCUUAAAUGUGUUAAGCCUGUGUAUCGAUAAUAUUUAUUAAAAAUCAUUCAUAUUAUAUUUUUGUCAUACGAUUUAUGAAUCUAAUAGUUGAAUAUCUGUACUGCACUGUGAAGAGUUUAAAGGCAAUACAACACUCUGAUAACAAGUUCUAAAUUUGGACAGCGAUUUGUCUUACUACAUUAUGGACAGAAACUAACAUCACAAAAUUCUUAUUAUGACCCUAGAUAUCUUUGUAUCCAAUUAUCAAAUUUUUUGCGUGUAUGGCAGAUACCAUGUUUUGCUUUGCUCUUGGAAUAAAGAAUAAAAAUAUCAAUGACUUUCACAGGUUCCAGUAGGAGUACUGUUAGGCUAAAUGUUAUUUAAGAAUUUUGAAUAUGAUUAAAAGUUUAGAAUUGAUAUAAUGUAUUUUAUUCUCUAGAAAGAAAAGAUCGCACAUUAAUCCUUUGAAAAAGAUAGUAAGUUUUUGUUAAUGAUUUCUAUAAUUAGUUUAUUGUUAACCACAUCUUAUAUACUUACGUAGGUAAAGAUAUAGACGUUUCUAAAUUAUCUACAUGUAUGUAGGUUCCAGUAGGAGUACUGUUAGGCUAAAUGUUAUUUAAGAAUUUUGAAUAUGAUUAAAAGUUUAGAAUUGAUAUAAUGUAUUUUAUUCUCUAGAAAGAAAAGAUCGCACAUUAAUCCUUUGAAAAAGAUAGUAAGUUUUUGUUAAUGAUUUCUAUAAUUAGUUUAUUGUUAACCACAUCUUAUAUACUUACGUAGGUAAAGAUAUAGACGUUUCUAAAUUAUCUACAUGUAUGUCAUAUUUUGUAAAUAAAGAUUUCUUUUCAUUUUAUAAAUAUUACAUGUUAAAGAGGAGAGUAUUGUAUAUAUAUUAGUGAAGUUUUCAUACUGGUGAUGUGUGUAAUUCAAACACCGAGCGAUUUGUAGCUUGUCAUAUACAAUUUUUUAAAAAUUGGUUUGGACAAAUUUGUUAUUUUCGGAACAUUUCGCCUCUAUUAUCACUUCGUAUUGUAAGACAAGUUGAUGCUGUACUUGAACGAUGUUUAACUCUUUAUCUGAGUAUUAUUCUUUUAGGAUUUAGAUAUUUGACAUAUUGUUAAUUAUCUGCUUCUAAUAAUGACUGUUAUUUGACUGUAAUUAAUGUUUCAAUAAAUUUCAUCUUAAUAACUAAGGCCAUAUUAAAAAAAUAUACUGGGUCUUUUCACUUAGUUGAUGACAUACUUUUCAAUCUUGACGUUGAACUCUUUGUGAUUGUGUCAGAAUAUUAUUCUUUUAGAAUUUAAAUACUGUAAUUAUUUCUAUCUGCUUCUAAAAAUGACUCCUAUUUGAUGCAUUCGUUUAUUAUAAAUCCAGGAGAUCCAGCCCGUUAGAAUGCUGCAUUUUAUGUUUUAUAUGUGUAAACAUAUUUAUAUUUUGUUUACUUUUUGUUGGAAAGUCAAUCCAUAAUAUAAGACAAUCCAAAGUCAAGGUUGUAAUAAUGUAGGCCCCUAAUAGGCUCACAUUGUAGCGCUACUCAAUCUUAUUUUGUAAAAGUUAUCAUAGAGCCUAAUGGACAAUAGCUAUACUAUAUGUACCUGUUUGUUUUGUGGCAGUGCUAAAAUUGAUGUAUGGAAAUUUAGGGGAGAUUUCUUUUUCACCUGUUGACGAAAAGAAUCACCAAUACCCCUGGAAAUUAUUCCAAAAUUUUUCAUCCCAUAAAAUAAAUGAAAAUUGUGAAAUCAACAAUUUUAUUUUUACCCAAAACACCAAGGUUUAGUCAAUUUAAAAUUCAUCGUGGGUUCACAUAGUGAUUUAGCUUACUUUCAAACUUAGACUUAGAGAUAAAAUUGAUUUUAGAAGAUUUUAGGAAAGAGCAGUCCAAGUGUUGAGAUGUAUAUCUGUUGAUUAAAAUAAACUAAGUCACAAAAUGUGUGUUUUAUCGUAUCAAAUUGUAGAAGACCUCAUUAGCCUGUAUAUGAUUUCAAUGUAUGUUGGUGAGAGAUUUUGUUGAUUUAUUAAGUUGUGUUUGUAUAUUUAUAAUAUUGACUAAUUAUUUAAUGUACAUUUUUUGUUAUGUAAAUAAAUAGAUUGUAGGGUGGUGAGAAAUUUUUAUCAAACGAACCGAAGAAGCUAACUGAUGCCAGAAACUGUCCAUCAAUGAUAUGACCUUUAAUUACUCACCGACAGGAGGCAUUAGGAUUUGGCUGUUAGUACAACUUGAUGGAUAGACUCUGAAAUCUCUCCCAGAGUUUUUGAUUUAAUGUUUUGACAAUAUAUUAAAGUCCAUAUUUUUGAAUGCUGAACAGGGUUUUACUUUCAAGGGGUAAAAAAAUAAUUUUAAACAUAGAUUAACCCUAAUCAGCAAUUAGGAAUAUGGCCAGUUUUAGUCUUUGUUAGUCGUUAUUAUUUAAAUUCCAUCUUAAUACGGCACAUUAUCUUAGAUUCUUUCUUUACCAGGGACCUUAAUCAUGAAAACUUACAUGUAAAUAUUUUAAGGAUUCAGCCUUUUCCUUGGCUAGAACUUAUAAUCCUAGUACAAAUUUGAGGUCUUAGCCAAUGAAAUAGCAUCUUUGAAAUACAAGAUUAAAAAAAAAAAAGAGGACUCUCUCAAAAAUAGCAUUUCUUCGGUGUAGUUUCACCUUGCAGAAUCAGAUGUCCACCCCAAUAAUCAGUCCUGCUUCUUCAAUACAUGGCUGGUUAAGAUGAUGGAACUGGUUGUAUCCUGAAAAUAUCUUAUGUUAAGUUUUUAUGACAAGGCCCUAGAUAAUAAACUAGAGGUAGUAGACCUCCUAUAUGUGCAUGAUAGAAAAGAGUUAAAACAUCACUUAUAUCGUUUAUUACUCUUUUUUUUUACCAGAUUAUAAACUAGUUACUAUAUAUUAUACUACUAGUAUGACAUGCAUGGUAGACACAAGUUUAUCUAAUUUAUUUAUCAAUAAAUGUGAUCUUACACUGUUUACAAGUCUAAUAAAACAUUUCAGAAGUU